CCAAAAUAAAGAUGAGUCUUAAGAUCUUCUAUGAAAAUACCCAUGGCUUCAAUGCUAACAUUGUUAAAGUAGCUGCUGCCCUUAGUGGAGCAGAAUAUGAAAUUGUAAAAACAACUAGUGAUGAAUUAAAAGAAACUAAAGGAGAUAAAUUUACCUUGCCAUACAUCGAGGUUGAAGAACAAGGAUUGUCAGAAGUAAAUACCAUCUUAAGACACAUUGCCAGACUCCACCCAGACUCUGGCCUUUACGGAAAGACUCUUUUUGAAAAUGCCCUUGUCGACACUGUCAUGGACCGCGCAAUCACUCUCUUCAAGGCUUCUCAUGCAGUUGGAGCCGUUGCUUAUGGUCAUGCUAAAGCAACCGCUGCUGAGUUCAAGGCCAACAAGGAAAAGUAUGUUGCCGCUCUUAAGCAUCUCGAAGAGUUGUUGGGAGGAAAAGACUUCUUUGUCGGAGACGCCAUCACCAUUGCUGACAUCAAGGUCGCUGGAAUCUGUGUGCUCCCAUUCAGAGUUCUCAUGGAUCCAGGAACCUCCAAGCAAAUUCCAAACUUGCUCGCUCACUUCGAGAGAAUCUCUGGAAACGAAAGCUUCAAGAAGUUCUUCGGAACCACCCAUGUUGCCAAGAGACCAAUCAAAAUCCAGUUCGUCAAGGAAGAGAAGAAGGUAAAGGAAGAAAAGAAGCAGGCUCCAAAGAAGGCUGAACCAAAGCCAAAGAGCAAGCUCGAGACUCUUCCUCCAACCACCAUGGACUUGAAUGAGUUCAAGUACUGGUUCAUCAACCACACUGACAGAGACGCCGCCUUCGAAGAGUUCUACACCAGCAGGCUCGACAAAGAAGGAUGGUCAUUCUGGGAGCUCAGCUACAUCAAGUACCCAGGAGAAGGAGAGCAACUCUGGAAGACCAACAACCUGCUCAAUGGAUUCAUCCAGAGAGCCGAGCCUUUCGGUAAAUGGAGUUACGGUGUCCAAAUGAUCUACGGAGAAGAGCCAAAUCUCGACAUGAAGGGAGUCUGGAUGUGGAGAGGACAUGAAAUUCCACAAGAGCUAAAGGAUCACGCCCAAUUUGAUUACUACACUCCCAAAAAGCUUGAUAUUGACAAUGCUGAAGAUAGAGCUUACAUUAAGGAUGUUUGGACUGCCAAGGAUGGACCCAUGAAGGAUGGAACCAUUAUUGCCAACUGGAGUUACCAGAAAUAA